GAAGCACAGCAACCGUAUUCCUUCGAUUUCGUCUUGGUCGACAAUUAUCAUGAUCUAUCGGGCUAUUUUGUCUACCCCGUCAAAAACAGUUGCAUACCCAGGUACCUGCCUACCUGGGUUGGUUAGCAGAUAGUCAACUACUAGCGCUAUUCAGUACCGAACCUCUUCUCAUACGAUAUCGGAUAUUUCCUAGGUAGCAUAGAGAAUUGGGGGCCAAAAAUAGCGAGCCCUGCAUGGGACCAUGGCUAUACCACGGCCCUCCCUAAAAUAGGAAUCUAAUAUGCGCGAUCUCAGCCGCAGCGCUUCACAAGCAAAGCAUCGGGACCGAUGAUUUUUGAACCAAGAUGAAACAGGUCGGGAGGGUAUUAAACUCGAAAUAUCUCCAGAAUUCCGAAAACUAGCGAAUUUUCCAUCCCCUCAGAUUUCUGGCCCUAUCGCCUCGAUGGCUCCGCGAAGAUCACCGAAUAGUGCUAAGGAGCAUUUGCUUCCUCUGAGCCCUGCUCCAACUGACCCAUGGGGAAGACCAGGCAACACGCUAAAAAAUCACACAAACCAACACCCUACGAAUUCUUCCCAUCGAUUUUGGAGGCGAACAUUGAUUUUAAUUAUUUUUCCUCUCGCCAUCACAGCAUACUACUUUUUCAUCUGGCUCUAUUUCAAACGAGACAAGGACGACCCCGUGAAAUAUGGAAGUCCCUCGGAGAUCUGGAUCUUCUACUCAUGGUUCGUGCUUAGUGUUUUCGCAUUGGAAUGGUUUAGGUACGGUCUUGUCGGUGCGGAGGCCGCCAUGCUCCAAACUCCAUUCUGGCGGGUUCCCGACGCUGCAGCGCUAUUGACGCACAGCGAGGCUGCUUGGAGUGGUCCGGACGGAUGGUUCAAGCUUCGUGUCAUGCACCGGCUAUGGUAUUUCCUUGCUGCCUUGAGCUUCCUAGCCUUUGUGGCAAUCCCACUUUCAGGUCUUUCCUUCGAAACGUCAGACGGGUACAUUCCUUUAUCGAUUCCUCCGAUAGUGAUAGGACAUACUCUAGAGAAUUACCAUAGCAGGCAAGAGUCGUUUUAUUAUUCCGGCGCAUUGAAAGGGUGGGAGAUUGGAUCACCUACGAUGGUGCCCGGAUACGGAAUAAUAUAUACACCCGAAUACCUUCAGCGCGAGCAAUACAGCGGUCUUAAGAGUGUUCCCAAUACACUUCCUCUAGAUGAAGGUAUUCCAGAGAUACUCCUCACUCCGCAAGCAGACACUCCUAUCGCCGGGAAGGUUUGGGGUCUUCACGCCGGGUACAAUUGCUCAAUGGUAAAGGAUGCCUCCGAGUUUACCAUUCUCAACCAGAAAUCAUCAUCGACGUACUCGACCAACCGAAAAGCAACAUCAGACCAACUAGAAUGGGUUCGUCUCGAAACACCAUCCAACGAAAUGAUCUACGCAUUUACCAGCUCCUCGGACCUUAUACAUGUGAAUAAUAUAUGGGGAUACGCCGAAAUGGGGGUUAGCAGCAACUCAAGCGUGCCCACAUACGACGGAAGUGAGCCGAGUUCUUUUGAUCAGGACGGAAUUGCUAAAGCGGACGUAUUGGAGUACGCGUUAUGGCAAGCGCGUCUUAAAGGGUCGUAUGGUGACAAUUAUUCCAACUUUAACGAUACGCUCGAUCCCGCCAUCACCGGAAUGGGUCUUCCCAUCAUGCAGGCCUCAAACGGAACCUUCAUGCCGAACAGCAGCUUCUUCAAAAUGCAGUCGGAAAAGAUUUACGGCGAUCACUAUAACGUGACUAUAAAUGAUUACCUAUACAAACAGAUUUUAUCCCUUGCACCGCCAAUCGGCGUCCGAUGCCGUGUCGUUUCGACUCUCGGUACUGCAGAACUCAACCCCGUGCGAUCGAGUUUCCACUCCUUCCAACAGACGCCUAGCCCCCAUUUCAAUUCCUCCGCGGAAGAUACUCCUACCCCUCGCAUGGGCUACAUCGCCUCGCAGACACUGCUAGGUCAUUACUGGGAGAUCUUCACCGCCGCCAAUGCCCCCGCUCCAGUCACAGAUUCGAACUCGUACCUCUACCAAAACUACAUCCAACCGCGCAUGUUACAGAAAUCAAUCAUGUUAGCACACGCGAUGGACGCACUACAGCUCAUGUACGACGGUACAUACGGCUUCGAGGGCGCCUGGCGCAAUGAUAAUCUAACAGCGUCGACACCCGGGAAGGUAUUGGUAGCUGGAAUAGUACCACAAUCUGCACUAGCGGUCGUUUUCGGAGUAUGGGCUCUUAGCUGUACGCUACUAGGACUUGUGUACGGAUUCCGUCGGAGGUGGUCCGACUCAUUAGAUGGAUACAGUUUCUUCCGAUUCGGUGUAGAGUACGCCGAUGAGGUCAAGGGGAAACAGGACUUCUGGGAUGCGAGUGAGUUCUAUUACAACCAGACAUUGAGGUCUUUACGGAUCUUUGUUGGACAGAGGGAGUAAUGAUUAUGAUUCGAUUGAGAUAUCCCAUGGAGAGAUUCCCUAUCAUCGCCUACCGCGAACGCCCAAGAUUACGGUCCUAGGCUGCGAAUCCCAUGGUCCUCGAUUUGGACCACGUACGUCGGCAUAGAGAAUUUGGACGUUCCCGAUGGUGAAUUGAAGAAGUCAUCGGCAAGGACUUGACUUAUCAAGGUACACUUAUUCCGGCUCUCGAUAAUGAGUCUGUGUUUACCCUGCGCAUCGGUUGUUAUCGUCACGUCGG